AUGGGAGAGGACAGUGCUGGCAGCAGCCUGCUGAGGAAGGGACCCCCUGGGCUGGCCUCUCUUCUGCUCGGGUACCUCUCCGUCUUUGCUCACCUUCUCCCCAGUCCCCAUGUGGGUGUGGGGCAGAAAGGAGAGAAGGGUCAGAGGUGGGCGGAUGUUUCUGGCUUCCAGGUAGAGGCAGGGGCCAGGCAAGUGUUUGCUGAAGAAGCUGCACUUUUAAGAGUUUGUGCCAGAGCAGCAGGGAGCAGAGGGCUGCACUGGGCUGCGAGCGACAGGGACCCAGGGGUGGGGAGGCGGGUCCCCUGUUUGCCGGUGGGCACUAUAGUGAGCCUCUGGGACAGGCCGCGUGGUCAGGUGGUGGCAGAGAGAGCCAAAAGCAUUUGGCCAGGCAUGGGGGUGGGUAUGAUCUGGCCUCCUGGGCUAUACUCGGGGGGUGGUCAGGGGCCGUGA